AUGGAUUCAUGGACCUCAUGGAGAAAUAUUUUAAACGAAAAUUCGAAUGUUCAAGUGGAGAGCAAAUUAAUUAUGAAACGAGUGUUCAAAAAAAAACAAGUUGUCCAAGAAGAAAUAGAAUCAAAUACCGGGAGUCAAAGAGAUGUUUGGGAUAAAAUUGAUUUAGCAGAAUUACCUUCGGAUCCUGGAUUAAGAACUCCAAUUGCGAAUUACAAUGUUAAUGUUCAGGAUGAAAUUCGAAGAGCAUACGUACAAAAGGGUCCAUGUCAACCCCGAAAUCACUUGUGUCCACAGAAAGAAUUUGGAGAUUCGUCGUUAAGACGAUUUAAAACUUCAUGGUUUAAUGACUUUCCUGAUUGGUUGGAAUACAGUAUAGCAAAAGAUGCCAUAUUUUGCUUUUAUUGUUAUCUUUUCAAACCAAAUAGUGAAGAACAUGGUGGUGGUGAUUCUUUUAUUGAUGGAGGAUUCUCAAAUUGGAAAAAGAAAGAAAGGCUUCAAAUUCAUGUCGGGAAAAGUGGUAGUGUGCACAAUCGAGCUCGGAUUAAGUAUGAGGCUUUUGUGAAUCAGAAACAAAAUAUUGAUUGUGUUCUCUUUAAGAAGUCGAAAAAAAACAAAAGAUGA